AUGGGUUGUUUUAUCUUCAACAGUGGAAACGGGACUUUGCCUGGAAGGAACCCUUAUACUGUGCAGACCUCUGUGCCUCUAACAAUCCUGGUGGGUAUCCUUAUCCUGCUAACACUGUUUGGCAAUGUCAUGGUAGUAAUUGCUGUGAUGACAAGCCGAGUCCUGAGAGCACCUCAGAACUUAUUUUUAGUCUCUCUAGCAUGUGCAGACAUCCUGGUUGCCACUUUAGUGAUGCCAUUCUCUUUAGCGAAUGAACUGAUGGGUUAUUGGUUCUUUGGGAAGGUAUGGUGUGGAAUCUACCUGGCUUUGGAUGUUCUUUUCUGCACAUCAUCCAUUGUUCAUCUGUGUGCAAUAAGCCUGGACAGAUACUGGUCUGUCACACAAGCCAUUGAGUAUAACCUGAGAAGGACACCACUCAGGAUUAAAGGCAAAGUCUGCUUAGUUUGGAUACUGGCAGCUCUCAUUUCAUUUCCUCCUCUUAUCACAGUGAAAAAGGACAAAGCAGACAGUCUUGAAUGUGACAUUAAUGGUGAGAAAUGGUACAUCAUAUUCUCCAGUUGUGCCUCCUUCUUUGUGCCCUGUGUCAUUAUGAUUACGGUGUAUGUUAGAAUCUACCAGAUUGCCAAGAAAAGAACAAGAGCCCCACCUGGAGAAAGGCAAAGACACAAUGGGAACUCAGAAGACCCAAAGUUUGGUUUGGACACGCUGGAGAGAAAAGACAGAGAACAGAAGGAGGUGAGAGGAGAAGACGGUCAAGAGGCUAAUGAGCUUGAUGUGGAGGAAGAACCCUCCUCUUCCGAUGGGAAUGAAACAAUCCUAUGUUCACUUACGAAGAAGAAGGCUAUGAAAACAGCAAAAAUGACUCAGGUGAAUCCCGGAGAAAGCGCUUCAAAACCACAGCCGGAGUCCCACGAGAGAGGGAGAAGGUGGAAAGGAAGGCAGUACAGAGAGAGGCGCUUUACAUUUGUUCUGGCUGUAGUCAUGGGAGUGUUUGUUCUCUGCUGGUUCCCCUUUUUUUUCACGUACACGCUCACCGCUGUGUGUAACAAGUGCUGUGUGCCUGAGACCCUGUUCAAAAUGUUCUUCUGGUUAGGUUACUGCAACAGCUCACUAAACCCCGUCAUAUAUACUGUAUUCAAUAAUGACUUCAGGAAAUCCUUUAAAAAGAUCCUUUGUAAAAGGGACAGAAGAGUGUAAUAAAUACUUUUAUGCAU